UUGGUUUUCGGGCUUUGUUUCGUUGGUUUGCCUUUUUUUAUUUUUUUUUCUCUCCCUUAAAUAAAAUAUGAUGUAGAAUUUGAAAAGAUUCAAUGGACAUUCUCAAGCAUAUUUGGAAAUAUUCUUGCUAAUGGAUUUCCUUCUUAUUGGUCUCUGUUUAAACUGGCUGCUGAGGAAGCCCCCGGGGUUGAUAUUGUGUACGCUGGGUAUCUUUUCUAAAAUGCUUCCAGCUGUGAAUAGUGGGUGUCCACAGCUCUGUCGGUGUGAGGGCAGGCUUUUGUACUGUGAAUCACUGAAUCUCACAGAGAUGCCUCGCAACCUGUCGGGCAUGAUGGGCUUGUCUCUGCGGUACAACAGCCUUUCAGAGCUGCAUGAUGGACAGUUCACAGGGUUAAUGCAGCUCACGUGGCUCUAUCUGGAUCACAAUCACAUUUGCUCAGUGGAGGGGAAUGCCUUUCAAAAAUUGCGGCGAGUUAAAGAGCUCACCCUGAGUUCCAACAAAAUAACCCAACUGCCCAACACCACUUUCCGCCCCAUGCCAAACUUGCGCAGUGUGGAUUUAUCGUACAACAACCUACAGUCUUUGGAGCCUGACCUGUUCCACGGGCUGAGAAAACUGACAACUUUGCACAUGAGGUCCAACGCCAUCAAGUUCGUGCCAGUGAGAAUUUUUCAGGACUGUCGCAGCCUGAAGUUUCUAGACAUAGGAUACAAUCAGUUAAAGAGCCUGGCUCGAAACUCUUUUGCAGGCUUGUUCAAACUCACUGAGCUGCACCUCGAGCACAAUGACUUGGUGAAAGUGAAUUUAGCCCAUUUUCCCAGGCUCAUCUCCCUGCACUCCCUCUGCUUGCGAAGGAAUAAAGUUACCAUCGUAGUAAACACUUUGGACUGGAUAUGGCAACUCGAAAAGAUGGAUCUCUCCGGCAACGAAAUCGAAUACAUCGAACCUCACGUUUUCGAAAGUGUACCUCAUCUCAAAUCCCUGCAGCUGGACUCCAACCGGCUGACCUACAUCGACUCCCGAGUCCUGGACUCCUGGAAGUCCCUGACGAGCAUCAGCCUGUCCGCCAACGCCUGGGACUGCAGCCGGAACGUCUGCGCCCUGGCCUCCUGGCUGAGCAACUUCCAGGGUCGCUACGACAGCAACCUGCUGUGUGCCACCCCCGAGUACGCCCAGGGAGAGGAUGUUUUGGAUGCCGUGUACGCCUUCCACUUGUGCGAGGACGACGCCGACCCCACGAGCGUCAACACCUUCUCGCCGGUGACCAACAACAGCGAGCAGACGCCGGGCUAUGGCUCGGCCACCGCCACCUACGACGCGCCCGACGGCGACGAGGACCGGACCACGUACGCCGUCACCAUCACCAUGCCCGGCGAGAACUCCGAGAACGCCGUGCAGAUCCACAAGGUGGUGACGGGCACCAUGGCGCUGAUUUUUUCCUUCCUCAUCGUGGUUUUGGUGUUGUACGUCUCCUGGAAGUGCUUCCCAGCCGGCUUAAGGCAACUAAGACAGUGCUUUGUCACACAGCGCAGGAAGCAGAAGCAGAAACAGACCAUGCACCAAAUGGCUGCCAUGUCAGCCCAGGAGUAUUAUGUUGAUUACAAACCCAACCACAUUGAGGGAGCCCUGGUGAUCAUUAAUGAGUACGGAUCUUGCUCCUGUCACCAGCAGCCAGCGAGGGAAUGCGAGGUGUGAUUUUCCUUUGGGAUUUAAACAGUGUGCAACCAAAUAACAGCGUGCAGGCAGACAGUGGCACGGGGUGGGAGGGGGGUGCUGGGCUUUGCUGGUGAUUUCUAACGUGCACCCCUGCCCAAAUUGUUUAAGAGGGGCUGUCCGAGAGACUUGAUAUUUUAGCUUUAUCGUGUCUUAAAAAACCUUCAGGACAGCCAAUCUUAAGGUUUCAUAUGCUAAUACUCCCUUUGAAGAUCUGUCAAUAUUCAGGAAUCUGAGAGUGUAAAAAAGGUACCAAUUAUUGAUCUUUUGUAAACUAAGAAAACUGUUUAAAAUAAAAAAAAAAAAUAGCAUUUACAGUUUUUACAGACUGGUUCCCUGUAUACAAAAUGCAACAGUUUAACCUCUCUCUCUUCAUGCUGAGUGUUGAAAAGUCAAGGAGCAAAGAAGCCACAUAAAACAGAAAGCUUAAAAUUACCCAGGUGGCUUCCCAUUGUAAUUAGCACACAUUCACGUACAUCAUGUUGCUGAAGAUAUGAAGCAUGACACUGGAAUUCUAUUUUUGUUAAUGUGCUACCUGUAACUGGACAUGAGUACAACAAGGAGCCAGAGCACCUCAGAAAGGCUGAAGUUUUAACCGUGUCCCUAGGGCAGAAUUUCUGAGGAUUUUAAAGUACAGCUCACUUGUUGGUUGCUGUAAGAUCUAUAAAAGCUGCAUUAUAACCCCUAAAAGUAUUUUGUAUCAAAACUGAUCAGAUU